AUGCCUGUGUAUGUGUACUCUCCCCAUCCCACAACUAGACAAAUCAGGUGGCUACGUUUCAAGCCAUCCUACAGUCCUCAAGUACCAGACACAUCACAACUGCCACAGCUGUCUCUGUUGUACACAGAGCUGAAUCCAGGAAUUUUGAAAGAGGGGGUUCACCCUCGUCUUAUUGCUCUGCCUAAGUCUUCAGGAGAUGUGAGGCCCAUUGCAAUAGGUGAAGUGUUUCGACGAAUAACUGCAAAGACUAUCUGUUCUCAAUACAAGGACUCUUUUAGUAAAUUCUUUGCUCCUUUACAGCAUGGCAUUGCCACAGAUGGUGGAGCUGAUCUUUUGGUUCAUCAUGUUCAGUUGCUGCUAGAUUCUCAUAAAGAUUGGGUGGUCAUGAAGACUGAUGCCAAGAAUGCCUUUAAUUCUGUUAAAAGGUCUCAUCUACUUACUCAGGUCUCAAAACACUUUCCUGAGAUGCUUCCCCAUGUCAACCAAAUGUACGCAGGCUUUGGUCCCCUUAUCUACUUGCAAGGAGACAGCCCUGUCAUACUGUCUUCUGAAGAAGGCAUACAUCAAGGGGAUCCUUUGGGUCCAGUUUUGUUUGCUACUGCAAUUCAGGAAUUGUUGACCAAAUUGCAGAAUGAUCAUCCUUGUGUAGUGGUCUUGGCAUAUCUAGAUGAUGUGUUUCUAGUAGGCCCUUCUGAUAAUGUCUUGGCAGUCUUUGAAGACCUGAAGCCUAUGUUCCAUAAUAUUGGUUUGGACAUUCAGGACACCAAGUGCGAAAUUUACAACCCUUCAUCUGUCGAGAUCGAGUCACAUACAUCUAUUCCUAUCACAACAGAAGGAAUAUCUAUUCUGGGAAUUCCUGUUGGAAAGGAAGAUUUCAUGUCACAGGCAUGUGUUACUAUUGCAAAACAUGGAGAAAAUUUAUGCCAUCAACUACUCACUUUAGGAACUCAAGAAGCUAUGUUAUUGCUAAGACUCUGUCACUUACCAAGAAUGUUUUACUUAUCUCGAAGUGUUAAACCCAAAAGCAUGCGAGCUGCUGCAGUUCUUCAUGAUCAUCUAUCUCGCUCUACGUUUUCAAAUUUGUUACAAAUUUCUGCCCUUACUGAUGAAAAGUGGAAGCAAGCAACCUUGCCUAUCAGAUAUGGUGGUUUUGGCUUGACAUCAUUACAAGAAAUAUCAAACUUGAUUUUUGUGUCCUCGUGGGCUCAUUCUGUGCAUGAGCUGCCAAAACGUUUUGCAGCUUUAGAACCUCAGAUUGAUGUUUUGUUAUCCUCAAAGAGUUCUGAAAAUUCUGUAGGCCACAUUCUUCAUGAAUGUUUAGAUGCUGAUCAAUCAAUGAAUGAUCUAUUGUCUAAUACUAAGCAUCUGCAGCAUCAUCUGAUAGAUAAGGUCACGAAAGCUCAAGUCAAUAUUUUAUUGGAUAAAGAAUCUGGAAAGGAUUCAGCAAGAUUACGUUCCUUGCAAGGAAAAGGUGCAGGCUCUUGGCUAAAUGCCACCCCAUCAACCCAGAAUCUCGCAAUUUUACCUGGAAAUUUCCGCUUGGCGGCAUUCAUGAGGUUGGGAAUGGCGAUGCCCUUGCCUUUGUUGGCAGAUGAGUACGAAUGUGAAUGUGGAAAAACGAUCGAUAGAGAAGGUUAUCAUCUAUUGACUUGUAAAUUUGGAGGUGGACCAGUGUGGUCUCACAACUGUAUAGUUUCUGUGUGGGCAGAUUGUCUCAGCCAGUUACAUGUACCGUACUACAUUGAGCCUAAAGAUCGCUACACCACUUCCAGUGGAAGGCCAGACAUCUAUGUUGCGGAAUCAUUCUGCAUGCCAGCAGCAGAAUUAGACAUUGCUCUAUCACAUCCAUUCAGCAAAGACAUCCUAUCUAGAGCUGCUUAUGUUGAUGGUGCUGCCGCAUCCAGAAGAGAAAAGAUCAAACAUACAAAGUAUGACUCCCAGCUGCUACCAGGAGGGUAUACACCAACAGCAAUCCCUUUGGUAUUUGAACAUUAUGGCAGAUGGGGUGAUGAGGCUCAACAGUUUUUAAAGACUCUUUCUCUCAUGUCUUAUGAUGAGGACGGUCAUCAGAAUGCAUCCAAUUUUACAACAUAUUGGAGACAACGCGUAUCAGUUCAGUUACAACAAUGUAACGCUAGAGUGAUUACCAGGAAGACAUCCCGCUUACUGGAACAUACAAGGAAAGUGAAGAGAAUGAACAAUACACACAAUUAUUAAUGUGCUUUACUGUACAGCCCUAUAUAGGGCUGUUUUCUGUAGAGUUUUAGUUUGGUAGAGAUUUUGUGCGAUUGGGACAGUAGAGUUGCUUAGUUGUGUUGAUUGUAGAUUUCAAUAUUGAAAAUAUAUGUAUUGGACAGACAGACAGACAGACAG